GCCCCUCCAUCCUCCGGCUGGGAUCUCUCCCCCACCUCCCUCCCCAGCGUAGGAACCUCGCGGCGCGCGGUGCUUACGGUCCUUCGGCUUGGAGGGAAGCUCCCACCCCCACCCCCCACCCCAAUCCCGCCACCCAUCCCCGGCCGCUCGUUCUGCUAGGAUGGGGAUGGAGGUCUGCAAAACCCGCGCCGCGCCCCUGGCUCUGCUGGGCCUUUGCUUCGCUACGGCCGUCAAAUCGGUGCCCCUGGCCGAUGCUGGACCGCACGUCUACUACGGCUGGGGGGACCCAAUCCGGUUCAGGCACCUCUACACGGCCAGCCGGCAUGGGCUGUUCAGCUAUUUCCUCAGGAUCCACGGCGACGGCCGAGUGGACGGCGCCGCUGCUCAGAGUCGACACAGUUUGUUGGAGAUCCGAGCAGUAGCGCUUCGCACGGUGGCCAUCAAGGGCGUGCACAGCUCUCGCUACCUGUGUAUGGAAGAGGAAGGCAGGCUGCACGGACUGCUUAUAUAUACCACAGAGAAUUGCUCAUUUGAAGAGGAGAUACGUCCAGAUGGCUAUAACAUCUACAAGUCAAAGAAAUAUGGAAUCUUGGUGUCUUUAAGUAAUGCCAGGCAAAGGCAACAAUACAAAGGAAAAGACUUUCUUCCAUUGUCUCAUUUCCUACCUAUGAUGAACACUGUGCCAGUGGAAACUACAGAUUUUGGAGAAUAUAGUGAUACCAGGCAAAAUUUGGAAUCUGGUAUUUUUCAUCAACCAGUUGAAACUGACAGCAUGGAUCCCUUUGGUAUCACUUCUGAAGUAUCCUUAGUACAAAGUCCUAGUUUUGGUUAAUAACUUCUGUUUCGUUAAUUAGAUUUUAUAGAGAUGUUAUCAAGAGGUUAGGAUUGUAUUUGUUGAAGUGAUAACUUAAAACAUGUGUAUAUAUGAUACCACCUUCGUAAAGCAAUACUAAUUCCAAGAAAGCUAUACUCAUUCACCCUCUCUUUCUCUCAUCUGUAAAAUAGCUAGAAAAGUUCCUUCUAAAUGUUUUAUUUAGGAAUGAGAAAGAUUCAAAGCCUGCAGAAUUUCUUUAGCUUUGGAAGAUUUUUGGAAAGAUAAACCCAUUAAAAAUUUACUGCUUCAUUACU